UCAAAGCAAGCGAUAAGCAAAGCCUACUUUAUAGAAGCUUGAGCGAGUGAAUCGACUGAAUUUCACGCUAUGCAUUGAAACAUGAAUUGAUCACUCGAACUGAGAAGCUCUGAAACAUCUUAACCGGCUAAGCUACACACACAGCUAAGCCAAGAUAGGAAGAAAACGAAAACACGCUUUCUAAACACAUAAAAAUUCAUGCAACCCCCGAAAAAUCUCUCCACUUCCGAGCCACAUCUUUCAGUUCGAAUCCACCUGUUGUGCGUUAAACAGCCAAAAUAAGAAACUCUAAAAAAAUACUCGGUAUACUGUACAUACUAGGAACACGUCACCAUGUCGAAUCUACUGGAUCAGGUGAAUCCGGAGCUGUUGCGUACGUACGCCUUCUGGAGUGUGAUUCUGGUGGCGAAAAUGCUGCUCAUGUCGCUGUUCACCACGAUGACGAGAUUCAGGAAGAUGGCCUUCAUCAAUCCUGAGGACGUUAAAUCAAUCAGCCCCAAGCUCAAACCUAAACUGGACGAUCCGGACGUAGAACGAGUUCGCAGAGCCCACCGCAACGAUCUGGAAAACAUUCUGCCCUUCUUCGUGGUGGCCUUCCUGUACCUGCUGACCAAUCCGGAUCCGUGGCUGGCCACUCAGUUGAUCCGUGUUGCGGCCGCCGGCCGGAUCGUGCACAGUCUGGUCUACGCCGUGAUGCCGGUGCCGCAACCGGCGCGACUCUUCAGCUUCGGAGCCACCCUGCUGGUGACGGUGUACAUGGUCGUCCAGUGUGCUUUCUACUUCGUGUGAACUGAACAGUUGAACACGUUUUACGAGUUUCCGGGGAGCGAAUCAUAAAUGUAUUAUAGGCUAAUAAGUGGGAAUUCUGGAUGAUACAGUCAUCAUCCAUCGGCGAAUUGGUGCCGACUAGAGAUACUGAAUAAAUUUCGAAAAUGUCCAUAGAACAAGAAUCCAGUCC